AUGUUCGCGGCCUUCCCCAGGUCGCCGGAGAGCGACGCCGUCCACCUGGCGCUGGGCCGAGUGGGGCCCGAGGUCGUUGCGCUGAUCCGCAUCCCGGUGGAGCUGAACGGCCAGCCCAUCACUGCGCUGGUGGACACCGUGGCCAUGCAUACCUACGUCGCUGUCCACCUCAUCCCUGAGGCGGACCUUGUGCGGGAGGUCGACAUCGUCCAGCUGGCCACCACUGGGGCCAGCACGUUCACGACGGGGCGUGCCCAGGUAAGGGUCGGCGUAAGGGAUUUUGUUAGUAGCACCAGUGCCCUAGUGGUGCACGACCUCCGCGACGACCUGAUCCUGGGGCUGCCCUGGUUGGAGCAGGAGGAUGCCACAGUCGAGGUCCGGGGGAAGCGGGUCCAUGUGGGGACCAGGGGCCGACGGAUGGUAUAUGGACUCAACUACAGGACCCCACCACCGCGGGGCGAGCCCCUCCACCUGGUGGACCUCCGCCAUGGUGUACCCCCCGUACAUGUGCCCAUGUUUGAUGCGGUCUUGGGGCAGCAGCCCCAGGUGUUUGCCGCCGCGGACCUACUGCGCCGCACCACUAUCACAGAACAUUGCAUACCAACCAUACCACACCGGCCCCCUUUCGAGAAGCCCUUUGGGUUUGGACCUCGUGAGCGGCUUGCUAUCAGGGAUCAAAUCACAGAGAUGUUAGAGGAUGGCGUCAUCGAGCCAACAGAAUCCCCAUACAACUGCCGGAUCGUCAUGGCUAGCAAAAAGGACGGAUCUCUCCGUUUUUGCAUUAACUUCAAGCCCGUCAACAACAUCACCAUCCCAGCACCACCACCCCUCAUUAACAUCGCUGAAGCACUCACCGGGCUGGGGGACGCCCGCAUAUUUUCGUCUCUCGACCUCAAGUCGGGACCAUGA